AUGAAAAGUGUUGUGGUUAGAUUUGUCAGCAAUAUAUGCAAAGAAAAGGAUGAAAUAAAGUUAAAACGAUUUUACAAUUUUAUUCUCAAAAAAAAAAAUAUAAGAUAUUUCGAUUUAAAUGAAAUUGCAUACCCCAUAUCAUCUAUAUGCUUAUUUAUAAACUUUUUGGAAAAAGAAAACGCACAAAUUUAUAAUAACAAUGGGUAUGCAAAUUGCGAAAAUAACACACCUUUUAAAAAACAUAUCAAACAGCUUCAAAUAAAUCGAUGUAAUAAUUAUGGAAAUGAUAAAUGUUUAGUAUACUCUUAUUCAACUAGUAUAGCAGACAAAGAAAAAAAAAUAAAAAAUUUUAUUUAUUUUGGGAAAAAAUAUUCAAUAUCUUUUUUCAAUUAUUAUUUAAAAUAUAUCUUAAUUCGAUAUAGAAAAAAAGAAUGUCAAAAAAAUCAAAUCUUAAUCAAAAAAAUAACUAAACAUUCUAUAAUACAAUGUAUUCAAAUUGAAAAUAUCAACAAUUUUCUUCACAUUUUUAAUGCUAUAUAUGUGUUACAAAAUGGAAUACACAAUAAAAUUACCGCGGUUCUAUUUCGUAUAAUAUUGGAAAAACUUAUUCAAACAGUUUAUUUUAGUAAUUUAGAAAACACAAAAAAAAUGGAAAUUGAAAAAAAACCCAAAACAAACAUUAUUGAUAGCCAAACUGUUGUCGAAGUUUUAACAAUAAUGAACAAACAUAUAAAUAUAUCGAAUCGAUGUUUUCCAAACUCUAACUUAUUUCAUUUAUUUUAUUUUAACUUAAUUAAUUAUAUUAUUAAAACCAAUUUAAUUAUAAUAAAUGAUUCGCUAUUUUCUAACACACCUAAUCAAAGUGUUAACAAAUUAAAAACAAUACAAACAAAUACAAAUAGUAUAAAUAGUAACAUAUAUAUACACAUAAAUGAUAUAGAAAAAUAUUACAAAAAAAAAAUAUUUUUAGAUAUAAAUAAUUACCUUAUAUUAUUAAGUUUUCUGAAAAAGUACGAAUAUAUUUUUCAAAUUUAUCAUUUUCAAAAUUUUAGUGAUUCAACAUAUAAAACUAUAGAUUAUACAUGGAAUGAUAUAUCUGGUAUAAAACUUAAACAACUAAUUUAUGAAACACUUAUUAAUAUAUUUCUGUCCAUUUUUAAAUCAGAUUGUAAAAAUCAGAAAAUCACAAAUACAAGCAUUAUAAAAUUGGUAAUAAUAUUUCCAGAAUAUUUUUAUAAAAUAUUAAACACUCAAUCAAAUAUAAAUAAAAUUAUUAUUCAAAAUAAUUGGCAAAUAGUAAAACAAAUUAAUAUUUUAUCAUAUUCUUUAUUUUUGAAUAAUUAUAAUUUUACUAACUAUUUUAAUCAGAAUAUAUAUAACCAUAUUUCAUUUUUUAAUAUAUUUAAAAAAUAUAUAAAUUGUGAUAAUAAUUUGGGGGGUUAUCAAAUAUUCACUAAAACACAAUUAAAUUUGUAUGAACAUUUUUUUAUGUUUAUAUUCAAAUUUUAUAUGCCUUUCUUAUAUACUAAUAAUAUAAUUUAUUUUAUUUCCACAAUUUCUAAUAAAAUAAAAAAAUAUUCCAAAGAAGAAAAGAAACAUAUAUUCACAAUUAUACACUUAAUUAAUAACGAGAUCAUAAAACGAGUUAAAAUUCAUGGAAUUAAGAAUGCGUUUCCUUUAGUAUAUUACACAAAUUGUACAAAAAAUUUUGACAAUUUUGAUGAAUAUAUCAUAAAAUAUGACAACGAUAAAAAAAGAAUGAACUAUAUUCCUAAUUUCACACGUUAUUCUAACAAUUUGGCAGCAACGAAUAAAAGUUUUCUUCAUUUCUUUAAAAUAUACAAAAGACAUUUAUUUAAUAUAUGUAAUGUAUAUUCUAAAUUAAAAUUUUAUACUAAUUCAUUUAUUAAAAUAGUUAACACUUUUGUAGAAAGCCAUUUGGAAAAUAUGAACACAAAAGAUAUUACUGCAUUUGUUUAUUAUUAUCACAAAAUUAAUUAUAAAAAAAAAAAUAUUCUUAAAAAUGUUGUGAAAUAUUUACAAACAAAUAUAUAUCAGUAUAAUAUUGCUCAAAUUCAUACUAUAUUAUAUGGAUUAUAUAAAUUAAACAUAGAUUUAAAUUCAGAGUUGAUUACACAUAUUUUUACUUAUUUAUUUAUGUACAUUUUGGCAAUUAAUCAUAUAGACACACGCAAUUAUAAUAUAUAUAAAAAAAAUAAUUUUAACAAUAAUAUACAUACAGAACUAACAAAAAAUGAAACAACAUGCGUGCAAAAUUUUGUAAAAUAUAUAUCGAUUUUUUUAAAUUCAUAUAAUUAUAAUGAUUGUAUUAUUUUACAACAAACCCAAGACUUAUUUAAAGUUACAAUUAAAGACGAACUCGCUUUUUCUAUUUCAAAUUUUGAUAUUUAUAAAAUUAUUUACCUUUAUAAAGAAAUGGAAAUAAAAAAUAUUUGUCAUAAAAAUAUGGAAAAAAACCAACACAAAAAAAUAGACAAUAUACACAAUAUUUUAAAUAUAUUAAAUUUACUUUCUAAAUAUAAGAUAAAAAAUAAUAUAAUACUUUAUGAUAUAUUUUAUUUGUGUAUUUUACAAAAAAAAAAAUAUAAUAAAUUUGUAAAAAUAAAUGAUUGGGUUAAUAUUAUUAUUGGUUACUCAAAAUUAUUUGGCUAUAAUCCAAACUACAUAAAUAAAUCCAUUGAGUAUAUUUAUGAAAAUAUUAUCUCAAAUAAUCAUGAAAAAAAAAAUAAAACAAAUAAAAAGGAUAUUCUUCUUCUUAAAUAUUUGUAUAACCAUUUAAAAAAAUUAAAAUUAACAAAUUAUAUGUUAAUACAAAAUAUUAUAUCAAAAUAUAAUGCAUAUUGA